UAUCAAGUCGAAAUGACAUUUUAAUCUCUGAAAUCUUAGUCUCUCUCUCUAAAGUCUUCAACGCUUAAUAAUUCAAAGCCACCCGCCGCGUUUUUUUGCCAGAUUCUUUCGUUUUGAGUGAAAAUAUAUCGAAUAAUUGUAUCGAAAAUGUAUUUUUUUAGAUUAUAGAUUUGAAGCGGGGGGAAGUUAUUCUAAAUAAUUAUCAAAAAAAUUAUGAUUACAAUUGUCACGUACCUACAUUAUACCAUCGACAAUUAAAUGUAGAAAGUGUUAGCUUUAUUUUUAGGUUAUAUGAGAUUUUGACGUGUGAGAGGCUAAAGCUAAACGUGCACGUCAAAUAUUGUGACAUAAUUGAAUAUUUUAUACUCGACAUGCGCAGGCAUUUUUGCAUGAAACAAAAGAGUCUAGCAGAAAUAUGCGUUGUGCUUUGAGAUUGCCCGAGAUUUGCGAGAACAAAGAUAUUACUCGUUAAAGUUGAUGACUAUUUAGAUUAGGAAAUCUGUUACAUCGAUGGCAUAGAGAGAUACGAGACAUGGCAGAACGACGCUUAUUUCUGCUAGAUUCUUUCACAUCAUACAAAAAUGUAUCAAGCACGCAUUGAUCCUGACACAAUUAACAUUGCCUUGGAAAUAUGAUUUUUCUAAAUGGAAUUUGUGGCGAAUGUACAGAACACGAGCAAAUCAUAAAACCAAAGAAUACGAAGGUCGCAAAUUAGUGGGCUUUUCAAUGGAGAAAAUGUACUACGUAGUUGCCGAUGUGGGAAAUUAUAAAAAUUUUUUACCCUUUUGCAAAAAAUCUGAAAUUACUUUGAAAACCAAAGACUUCUUGAAGGCCAAUUUAGUAAUUGGGUUUCCACCUAUAAACGAAAAUUAUACUUCAACAGUGACUACAGUAUAUCCAAGGCUAGUUAAAGCCGAAUGUAAGGAUGGCAGAUUGUUUCAUCAUUUAGAUACCCUGUGGUUAUUUAGUCCUGGACUGAAAAAUAAUUUAGAAACAUGUGUGAUUGACUUCUCCUUGUCUUUCGAGUUUAAGUCUACCAUUUAUUCUCAUUUGUCAAAUUUAUUUUUUAAUGAAAUUGUGAGACAAAUGGAGAAUGCUUUCCUUGAAGAGGCUGUAAAAAGGUAUGGCCAACCAUGUUUAAAAACAGUACGGCUACAAAGAUGACACAAGAUAUCUAUAGAAAUCAUUGAAUAUAUAGAUAAUAUUUAUUUUUUGACUUAAUGAAUUUAUCUAUUGUUACCUAAUUCUUUUUAGAAUAAAUAUAUGUAACCUU